GUUUUGCAUUUGCAGUGCAAAUGAUUUUAAUAAAAAUGGGCGCAAAUUUAGUAAUUAAACAUCUCAAACGUCUCCGAAAGCAUUUUUUAUGGCAUUUUAUGAAAUUUGACUUAAAUAGUUCAUUCUUCUGGUAUGAUCGUACUUAUUCAACUAUAAAGAAAACUUAUGAAACAAGACAAAACUUAUUACAGGAAAAGCUGUUAUCUAAUUAUGUUGCUGCUGCUCAUAAUUGCCAUUCUAAAUACAUUCGCUUUGGUGGAGUAUGGUUAUUCCUGCUCAUCAAAGACAGAAGCAGAACGUAUAAAUUUCGGCGUGAAACUGCAGCAUGCCCUCCUGGAAUUCACAGACUCUUUUUUGCCACAUAUGAAAGAGGAAGAGGAGAAAACAGGAGACGCUAGUAGAAUUGGUGCAAAUACAUUCCGUCAUCAUUUUCCUGUAAUUAACCAGAAGCUCCAUGAAUUUGAUCUGGCAAAGUAGUAUAAAACUG